CUCAAUGUGCUAGGAAGUAGACAUUUUUGAAUCAGCAUCAAAAAUACGUUUCAGGACAUAUCCAGCCAUCUCGGAUUAAAAUUUUCAUUGACCAGUGUUGUAUUUUCCAAGGAAAAGUGAAAAAAAGCAAUUUGUUUGCACCAAAUUCGUAACUAUAUCCAUCCAUUCACUAUCUGUGUACUUUUCCUGUUUUAUAAUGACGUAAACGGAUGUUAUUUUUGUCUUUUUCCGUCCUAACUGGAAUGUUGGAAAAGCACGUGUUUUUUAUGUUUCGUUGCCUCUUCGUUCAGAGGUAUAUUGCGCAUGCGCAAUUUGCGCAAUUUCUGCGGUUGCACAAACAGGUCUCGUCCUGUAGAGGGUGCCGUUGGCAUUUCAAAGCGGCGCUCGCAUUCGCACGUCAGUACGCAUGCGCGUGUGUUCUGCCUCCAACAACAAGGAGCGAGAGCCAGCCAACAUGGCCGACCUAGGGAAGAAGUACUGCGUGAACUGCCUGGCAGACGUGACCAAUCUCCGGCUUCGCUGCACCGACUGUCCCGAUAUCGAGCUGUGUCCCGAGUGCUUCUCGGCGGGCGCAGAAAUCGGCAACCACCGGAGAUGGCACGGCUACCAGCAGGUCGACGGCGGUCGCUUCUCCCUCUGGGGUCCCGAAGCGGAGGGAGGAUGGACGAGCAGGGAAGAGCAGUCGCUCCUCGAUGCCAUCGAGCAGUACGGCUUUGGAAACUGGGAGGACAUGGCCGCUCACGUCGGAGCCGGCCGCACACCCCAGGAAGUCAUGGACCACUACGUGACCAUGUACAUCCACGGCAACCUGGGAAAGGCCUGCAUCCCAGACAGCAUUCCCAACCGGGUGACGGACCACACGUGCCCCGGCGGGGGGGCACUGUCGCCCAGCCUCACCGUCCCGCUCCCGCCUCUGGACAUCAGCCUGGCCGAGCAGCAGCAGCUGGGCUACAUGCCGCUGCGCGACGACUAUGAGAUCGAAUACGACCAGGACGCCGAGAAGCUCAUCAGCGGCCUCUCGGUCAACUACGACGACGAGGACGUGGAGAUCGAGAUGAAGCGCGCCCACGUGGACAUGUACGUGCGCAAACUGCGUGAACGGCAGCGGCGGAAGAACAUCGCUCGAGAUUACAGCCUCGUGCCCGUUUUCCUGGGCCGGGACAAGAAAGAGAUGCGGGACAGGGAUAAGUCGCCGGGAGUCGUGGGCGGCGCGGUUGGAGCGGGAGUCGGCGCAAUGACGCCGGGUUCGGCGACGGGAGCGGGAACGUGCCCGCCGAUUCCCACCACGCCGAAAAGGAAGAUCAUCAAGGAGGAGAAGGAGCAACGGGUGCGCCUGCGGGGGCUCUGCCAGUUCAUGGCCCACCGAGAAGUCGAGGAGCUCUUUGAGAAUAUGCACAAAGAGCGCGUGCUCAGGGCCAAAGUGAGGGAACUGCAGCGCUGCCGCCGCAACGGCAUCGCUCGCCUGGAUGAGGCGGCCGAAUACGAGGCGGCCCGUCACAAACGGGAGAAACGCAAGGAGAAUAAGAGCGUGGUCGUCUCCAAGCGCGGCGGCGGAGGGCUCGGCACCGGCACGGCACCGGGCGUAGGAGUGGGUGGAGGCGUGGUCGGCGGGCUCGGGGCGGGCUGCGCCGUCAAGGAGGAAGCCAAAGAGGGCGAGUUCGCCGCCAUCGAGAACCUGACCGGCUUUGAGCUGCUGUCGGACCGUGAGAAGGUGCUGUGUAACUCCCUCAACCUGAGCCCGGCGCGCUACCUGACAGUCAAAACCAUCAUCAUCAAGGACCACCUGCAGAAGAGGCAGGGCGUCCCCUCCAAGAGCCGGCUACCCAGCUACCUGGACAAAGUCCUCAGGAAACGUAUCGUCACCUUCCUCACUGAAAGCGGCUGGAUAUCCAGGGACGCUGUUUAGACCCGAGACAGGGAAAGACCAAACUACUGACUCGCACCGUCAUGGUGACAUUGUGAAUGUGUACAGCGGCAGCCCUCGCUGGCCAAGAAAUACAGUGAACCAUCCCUCGUUGGUCACGAGGUUUGCGUUCCAGCCGCACUCACGAAAAAUCGGAAUACGUUUCAUCAAAAUAUUGACACUUCUUCCCCCCAGUUUUACGCUGCUAAGAAACGGGAGAAUCUCAUAUAACCACUUACAGUCAAAGGAAAAGAUGAGCCCGUGGGCACUGUGAUGUCAGUUUCAGUUGACAGUAGGUGGCAGUAGAGCACAAAAUGGUCCCCAGUGAUGGAUAGAACCAGGAUUUGUCUUAUUUUAUUUUUUUGCUGCUUUAUUCAUAUUCCACAAACACAGUAUUAAUACAAAUACCGUGUUUUGACGAGUGGGGGCACAUCGAACAUAAAAAUAUUUGAGAAUACAGUGAAACAAUGUGUUCUGGAACUACCUGCAAUAGAGGAGAAUCAAAAUUAUAUUUAUAUGACUUAAAAAAAACAUAUUUAGUUAACUCAUUAAAAUCCACUUGUAUUACAUUGCAAACGGUCAGCAGUAAGUCAGAUUUUGACCACCAAAAAAAAAGCCCUAAACAUCUCCUCAGGUUGCUGGCCACCUCCACUAAAAUCGGAACAGAGCAUUCAGUUGUUCCCCUGAAAUGAAAUGACUCAUAAGUAUAAUUAGGAUUUGCUUCAAUCUUUCCUGUUUUCUGAAAAAAAAAAUGACCAAGGUCAGUAUUUUAGGAGAUUUACAGUAUGUAAACACCAAAAUGUUCAACCAAACCAUAGACUGUAAUAAAUAGUCCACUAGCUUAAUGCUAAUAUAUAAUGUGAAACCCCAUAGGCAGGCUGAUGAAAUUUGCAUGGAUGAUUACAGUCAUUGUAAAAGUAAAACUGAAUAAGGGCCUGACCGAUAAGAAUUUAGCUCAGUGUACAUUCCAAUAUUUGACAGAACAGAAUUCUGUUAAUGGAUUAUUAUUGGCCGAUUAAUAAAAAAAAAUGAAUAUAAUAAUUUCCUUUUGGGUGCCUUAAGGCAGGCUUACAAUAUUAACGAUAUGAAUUGCAGGUAGAAAAUGUCACUGCUUUACAAUACUUUGGCCUUUCGUGUUUGAUUAAUUUUACAACAAACAUCACAUUUUUUUUUCCUGGUCAGUGAAUAUUUGUCUUAUGUUGUCAUGUGUUCAUGGAUGAAAAAAAGAAUUCGGCCUAUUUUAAUUGGGUUGAUCAAUUGCUCGGGCCCUAAUUGGGACUCAUGCACAGGGACCUCCUCUGCAUCUUCUUAUUGCUCUUAAGUUGCAUUUCAUCCAGUCAAGCUCAGUGCUACCUUGGAAUGUUGCGGCACAAAGCGGUACUACGCCGACAGCUCGCAAUUCCAAAUUAGGAUUUGCAGGCAUUAUGCCAAAACGGAAAGCGAUUCAGAUAAUUGGGUCAUGUAAAAACACCCGAUACAGUGUGGGUUUACUGUAUUUGCAUAUCAGGACUAAGGACAAAAGAGCCAUGUUUUGCUGUUUGCAAAGGGCAGGAAAUUGUUAGUAUUUUGGGUCUGUUGACAGGGUUGGAAAAUUCCCAGAAUUUUUACCAGUCAUGAGUAAAUGAAAACAAUUGAGGAUUAUGAAGUGAAACACUUCUCAGAUGUUUUGCCUGAUGGUAUUUUCUUCCUGUCCUGCAAAAGUAGUCUGACCCUUUGUAAAUGAUGUAUAAAUGGAAAAAGGUGAAAUACUGGUGACCUGUACAGUAUUUUCCAUCCUGGAAUUAUUUUUUGUAAUAGCUUUUGUAAGUAAAAAAAAAAAAGAUUUUUGUAUUGCACAGAUGAAGCUGCGGGCUUUGCUCUCUUGGUAUGUAUGGACAUGUAUUAAAACAUGGAAACUUCAACAUGAAGGACUGUUAAACUUGUUUGAUUGAAUGGAUGACUGGAAAUGCCAUCUGUCCUAGCCUCCCCACCAAAAAGUUUUUCACUUUUUUUUUUUAAUAAGCGAACUCAGCACUUUCUAAUCUUGUACUUCUUAUAAAAAUGGUAAUGACCUAAUUAAAUAUCAUGUAAAGUACACAGGUUGUGCAUCAUGACUUAAUGCUUCAAUUUAAUUCGGUGUGCUGCUCCUGUUGUGCCCAACUUGGCCACAAGGGGCAGUGGAACAGUCACACAAAUGCUACCUUCAAUGACUAAACUGCAUUCGUUUUUUUGGGGGUGGGAGGGGGGUGGGGGAGAUAAAGAAUGUACGUGUGUUGAGUGUUGUGAUGUCUGUUCAAAUGUGUUUUUCACCAUUUGUCUUAUAUCUGUUGCAAUUAGGUCAUCAAUGCUAAUUGUUAGCACACGGAUGGAUUUUCCAUUUAUGUUAGCAUUAAGCUAGCAAGGGCAUCUCGAAGGCAAAGUUGCU